AGUAAAUUUGUCUCGAUUUCAUUGCUGACAUAUCAACUUCGAACAUAAGUUACUUUGUUGUAAUUUUCGCCAAUGAUACUACCUUAUCUCUCCAACACCAUACUUCUUCUAUAAAUAAACUAUUUCUAAAUGAAUGGGCGAAUAGUUUGAAGUGUCUUUUGGAAAUAUGAAGACUACGUUCAACAACCAAUUUCCAAUUGUCUUGCUAAUCUUAUCCAUUACCGGAAGUAAUCGAUUGACAUCAGCGGCCAGAUGGUAUACUGCCCUCGAUAAACGUCAGUAUUAUAUAGAAGGUUCUACCAAGUAUAAUUGGCUUCAGGCCAUGGAUGAAUGUUCCCGACUUGGUCUACAACUUGUUGUCAUUGACAAUCCAUCGAAGAAUGAAGCUUUGGUGAAACUUCUCAGAUCCAUAUUUAGAAAAUCUCCCGAUUUAUGGAUUGGUCAUCACGAUGAAUUCAAUAGAGCCAAGAAUAAAAAUCGAGCCUGGUAUGCUGCAUCUUCUGGACGUGUAAUAAAUUUCGGAUACUGGCGUAAGGGAGAAGAAAGAAGAAAAAUGAACACUGUACACAAAUCUAUCGCAAACCAGAUGGCUGGGAAAUUUACGGUUGUUAUUUUUCUAACUUUCUUAUUUGGACUCUGCCAAUUGGCUGCGGCGGCCGAUUGGGAUACGGCCAGUGAUGGACGUCAGUAUUUAAUUGAGACAUCCGUUGGGUACAACUGGCUGCAGGCCGUGGAUCAGUGUUCUCGACGCGGCCUCCAAUUGGUGGUCAUCGAUAAUGAGGUGAAGAACAAUGCCAUCAUUGAUUUGAUCAAAUCCAAAUUUGGAUCAGCAAAGGACUUAUGGAUUGGCCACCACGACGAAUAUAAUACGAAAAAGGAUAAAAAUCGUCCAUGGUACUCCAUUGCAACGGGACAAGAGAUCACCUUUAGCAAUUGGUAUAUAAGUGAACCGAACAAUUACAAGUCCCAGGAACACUGUGCCGAAAUGAAAAGCUCGGCGAAAUUCCAAUGGUAUGAUGAAUCAUGUACAGACUCGUAUUACGGCUACAUUUGUGAGGAACACUACAAGACCACACAGUGUCACAAUGAUGUACAGGCCAAACACUAUUCGACGAAUGAAAAGAAUGCUCUCCUAUCUUCCGAUUUUACCGAAACACAAACGAAUAUUCAAAAUCAACUCAAUCAAACAAGGAAUGAGACAAAUGCGGCCUUAUUAAAUUGGAACAAAUCAUCUGAAGUGGUGUUUGAAAAUUUCAAAAAAUCUCUCGACGGAUAUUUGAAAAAGAAACCCUAUUUACAGGCCGUUGUGGCCGAUAUUGGUGAUGACAUUAAUGCCUUGGCCGUGGAGGCAAAGAAUGAAAUUCUCAAUUUGAAUCAACAGACCCAAGAAUCUUUGGCCAAUGUUCAAUUGAAUGCCGAACAAUCGGUAAAUAAUGAAACAUUAGCAUUUGCUGAAAAAAUUAAAAUUCACAACAACGAAGUGGAUAGCCUAAUGAGCUAUUAGCCGAAUUUGUGUUAUAAUUCUUCUUGUAUAUAUAUAUUAAAAGUUAAUAGUUCUCAUGUAAAUAGAUUUGUAAAUAUAUAAUCAUACAGCUAAAAUAUGAAAGCAUAAGCGCAUAUGU